CUCACAAAACAAAACAUUACCUAUAAACCAAAAAACAAAGAGCAGCCAAAAACAAAAGAGAGAGAGAGAGAGAGAGAGGGAAUGGCUAACAUUGGAGUGGAACGGGUUUACCAAGAAUUUGAGCCUGCAACUAGAUGGACCUCUGAACCAGACGUCGAGGUCCUUGUCGCUGAUCUUCCAGGAUUCAAGAAAGAACAACUUAAAGUCUCAGUAACCGCAACAAGGAAGCUAAGACUAACAGGAGAACGCCCAACUGGUGGAAACAAAUGGAUUCGCUUCCACCAGGAAAUUCCCGUUCCAUUGACUGUUGACAUCGACUCGGUUUCAGCCAUGUUCAAGGAUAACAAACUCUACAUCCGGCAUCCCAAACUCAAGACAGAAAUCCCUCAAACCAAGCCACCAACACCGGUGAUCAUGAAAACCCGUGAUCAGCAUGAGAUAAAACAAGGCCAGGGCCCCAAAGCAAUGGUUGAGAAGCCGAGCGGUGGUAAAACCGAUCAGCUGAAACAUGAUGCACAACAGCUGAAACAUGAUGCACAGCAAAAAGCAAGGGAAGUAGUACAGAGUGGAAAAAAGAUAUUAACUGGUGAGCCUAAAGGACCUUUGAGUUCCAAGGACGACGAGAAAGACAAAAUUGGAGCGAAAUGGUUUGAGAAGUACAAAGAGGCAACUGGAAAUGUGGUAAAGGAAGCUAAGAACAAAAGACAGUUACUUUGCAAUUUGGCUGCUUCGGUUUCUUUGGUUCUGCUAAUCUUACUGUAUGCUAGAAAUGCAGUACGCUCAUCCCUUGUGUGGAAAUCCGAGGAAUGAGUGACCCUUGCAUUUGCAUUUCACAAUGUAUAAGCUUGUUCAUGCAGAAAAUAAAUAAUAUUUACUAAU